AUGUGGGCAGCCGCCCCGCCCGCGGCCCUGUCGUGGAUCUAUAUGCGCAAGCGCUUCCUGGGAUGGUGGUUCAAGUACAACCUUAUUCUGUCGGCCGCCUUCUCUUGCAGUAUUGCCAUCUCUGGUAUCGUCCAGUUCUUCGCAGUCGCAUACCAUAGCCAAGUGGUCUCCUGGUGGGAUAGAGAAGAAGCACACUUGAAGAAUCACAUUUUCAACUGCAGCGAAGCAGCCGAUAAGGCAGCUAAAGAUGCCGCCCGACAGCACGCGGAUCUAGCUGACCCGAAUACUCUGCAAACCCUCAUGGCGCCCACCAAGACCAUCAUCCGCAAGACCAUGCGAGCCGAGUGGGCGGCUUCCUGGGAAACAGCCAAGCACGGAAGAGAGCUCUUCCGACUUGGGGUUAAACCAGGGAAAGCGACACUCGACUUGCAUCGCGGAACGCACAGAGUCGUCAGUUCUGUGAUUACGCAAAUGCACAGCGGCAAGAUUGGUCUUAGUGCGUUCCUCCACGCCAUCAACAAAGCGGACACCGAUAAAUGCCAGUGCGGCUAUGGACCUCAGACCGUACGGCACAUCCUGCUCAAAUGCAGAAACUGGACAGAAGAACGACAGCAAAUGUUGGCAGGCAAACACCCAUGCGUUGACAUCAAACGCAUUCUCUAUAGCUUGUCAAUGGCAGCGCAGGCAGCAAAAAUGAUCCUAAGGACGGGACCGCUAGGACAACUUCGAGUAGCUCCGUCCACCGUAAUCCAAUACACAGCGUAG